AGUGGUUUAUCAACAAAUCCUUUUGGCUCAUGAAAUAGUUUACUGUGCUUGACUGCUGGUUAAAUUCUUAUUUGUUUUUUUUUAGUGGCAUGACAUUGUCAUAAAAAUUUACUAUAGUUCACAGUGAUUGGUGUGAUAUUUUAAAUGUUUUUUUUUUUCUGGAUUUACUUACAAUAUUGAUAAUGUAUUGGAUUGUAUUCUUUGGUUAGACAACUUAGAAAGUAACCUCUAAAAUUUCCCAAGUCUUUCCAAGGAUAUUGGCUUUAAAUGAUCUGAAUGGAGAAAACAGAUAAAGAUUCAUCUAGCUUACCACGACUAGUUUUGGAUUAAGGCUUAGUUGAGUUGAGUUUCGAAACUUCAGAAUUUAGGUUUUUGAGAAUUGUUUCUUAGAAACUUCAUCCUUGUUAGAAGCAAAUUUGUCAUUACAUGUAGUGUUUAUCAUGUCCAUGGUGGGGUUCUUAUCAGCAUAGGAGACUGAUAGAGGAGCGAAUAUCGGUUCCUCCAGUGAAAGUCAAAAUCAGCAAUUCAUAUUCUCAUCCAAUUCCACCUGUCCACAGCCUUUCCUUUAACAAAGGAGAAGAUGUGAUCAAGCAUCUAUUAAAGACCAUAUGAGGGAGACAGUGAGAGGUCAAUGUCCCUCUAAAAUCACCUUCUACCCUCUUUCUUUCCCACUCUCUUCGAUGGGUGGCAAUGGAAUAAAGGGAGUGUCCUUCUCAACUCUUCUUUAACUUUUGGCUGUUUCAUAGAGAAAGAUAGACAGAGAAAGAUACAUGACAAGGACCACUAUCUGCUCAUCUAAAGGUAUCUGAAGGAGCAUUUGGCUGAUUGCUCGGAGGGUGGUUGAUGCUUCAAAACCGAGAACUCAAUACAAUUUACUGGCUGAUUGAGUCUGAAAUUUGUUGCCUGAGUCGGUUUGUUCGACGGUGGACAUGUGAUGUAACCUUCUUGGGAAAGAUUUCGAGUGUUGGUCGACGGCUGCGAUUGAAGAUGGCAACAGGGACGUCUUAUAGUUAUAGGCUUAAAGCCCAUCUCUUCUCUUUCGGCCAACGUUUGUUAGCCACGUUCCCAAAACUAAAAGGGAAAAGCCGUAUGCUAUAAAUACAAAGGCAUGCCCACAAAUCAAGCAUCAAAUCUCACCUUACACAGCAGGGCUACCAAUCCUUGAAAUAUCAGAUUUUACCACUUUGUUUACAGGGAAAGCGAGGAUGGAGAGGAAUCGCUUGCAACAAGAAGUUGCCUGCAUGAGAAGGUCCCUCUUUGAUCAGGGUUAUCUUGAGGAGCAAUUCAUUCAGCUGGAGGAGUUACAAGAUGAUGCCAACCCUAAUUUUGUUCAAGAAAUUGUUGCACUAUUUUACACUGACUCAGCAAGAUUGAUUCAGAACAUCGAACAGACACUGAACAGUAAGCCUAUUGACUUCAGUAAACUGGAUGAUUACAUGCACCAAUUCAAGGGCAGCAGCUCCAGCAUUGGGGCUAAAAAGGUGACGGAUGAAUGUACAGUGUUCAGAGAAUACUGCAGUGCAGAAAAUGCUGAAGGAUGCAUUAGGACUUUUCAACAAGUCAAGCAAGAGUAUACAAUCUUGAGGAGGAAGCUCGAAGUUUAUUUUCAGAUGGUGAGACAGGCUGCAGUUGCUCACUCAGCAUGAGGUGCCCUGUUAGGUACCGAAAUGGAGAUAUCCUGAUAUAGCCUUCAAUAUGAUUAGUUCAUUACCAUGGAAACAAGGAUAUAUUUUGUAAAUGAUGCAUAACUAAUUAUGUCUUGAAUAUCUAAAUAUUAUCAAUAAUAGGAACAAUAAUCUGCCACUUUAUAUUUUCCUACUGCUUUUGAUCGAGUUGUUUCCCCUGCCUCCGCCCGAACUCUUUCCUUUAUUUGGUGGGUUGGCAGGGAUAUAUCCAGUGAGUGCAUCACAAACUUUAUGGAAAAGGCCAGGGGCUGAUCUGAAGUUCCAAAUUUAUGGUCUCCUGGGCAAAAAGGUCAUGGUCUUCCCUUUCUUGCACUUUGUAGUUGAAAGGAAAUGAAGGGUUCAGGUUGGAGACUUGGGGUGGUGGUUUGUCAAAUUCAACCAUUCAAGUUCGCUC